AUGUUGGAUCCGUCAUCCAGCGAGGAGGAAUCGGAUGGUGGGAUGGUCGAGGAGGAACACCAUCACAAGGAGGCAUCGGCACCCCAGAGCGGAGCCCGCAUCUCUCCAAGCCGGACGAGCGAGAGCUCCGGCGGGCUUGCGCCCAGCAGCAGCAGUCGCAGUAGUGCUCGCCCGACCAGCCCGAGCCCGUCUGCUGCCAGCGAACAGGAGAAGGUGGAGGAGGCGAAUUUGCAGAAGGAGGAAGAGGAGCGCAAAAAGAAGCUGCAACUAUAUGUAUUUGUGAUGCGGUGCAUCGCCUACCCUUUCAACGCAAAACAGCCCACGGAUAUGGCUAGGCGACAACAGAAGAUCACAGAGCAGCAGCUCCGGCAGACCAACGACCGCUUCAAGGCCUUCCUCAACGGAGACACCCAGAUAGUGGCUGACGAAGCUUUCAUCAACGCAGUCCAGAGUUACUAUGAGGUGUUCCUGAAGAGCGACCGCGUUGCCAAGAUGGUCCAGAGUGGGGGCUUCUCAGCCAAUGACUGCAGGGAGGUGUUCAAGAGGCACAUUGAGAAGCGUGUCCGCAGCCUGCCUGAGAUCGAUGGCCUGAGUAAGGAGACAGUGCUCAGCUCCUGGAUGGCUAAGUUCGACACCAUCUACCGCGGGGACGAGGACCCACGCAAAGCUCAGCAGCGCAUGACGGCCAGCGCCGCCUCAGAGCUCAUCCUCAGCAAAGACCAGCUCUACGAGAUGUUCCAGAACAUUCUGGGUAUCAAGAAAUUUGAGCACCAGCUGCUCUACAACGCCUGCCAGUUGGACAACCUGGACGAGCAGGCUGCUCAGAUCAGACGGGAGCUGGAUGGACGCCUGCAGAUGGCCGAUCAGAUUGCCAGGGGUGGCAAGUUCCCCAAGUUUGUGUCAAAGGAGAUGGAGCACAUGUACAUAGAGGAGCUAAAGGCAUCGGUGAACCAGCUGAUGGCCAACCUGGAGAGCAUGCCGGUGUCCAAGGGAGGAGAGUUCAAACUGCAGAAGCUGAAGAAAGGACACAACACCUCCAUCAUGGAUAUGGGCCAGGAAGACGAGAACACACUGUCUAAGUCUGACGUGGUGCUCUCCUUCACUCUGGAAGUGGUUAUCAUGGAGGUGGUGGGCCUGAAGUCUCUGGCUCCUAACAGGAUUGUGUACUGCACCAUGGAGGUUGAGGGAGGGGAGAAACUGCAGACAGACCAGGCCGAGGCCUCCAAGCCAACCUGGGGGACCCAGGGAGACUUCACCACCACACACCCCCUCCCUGCUGUCAAGGUGAAACUGUUUACAGAAAGCACUGGAGUUCUGGCCCUGGAGGACAAAGAGCUGGGCAGGGUGGUCCUCCACCCGACCCCUAACAGCCCCAAAGCCUCAGAGCUCCAUAAGAUGGCCAUCACUAAGGCCUGCCCCGACCAGAACCUUCAGAUCAAACUGGCCAUCCGCAUGGACAAACCGCAGAACAUGAAGCAUUCUGGGUAUUUGUGGGCUUUUGGGAAAAACGUCUGGAAGCGAUGGAAGAAGCGUUUCUUUGUCCUGGUGCAGGUGAGCCAGUACACCUUUGCCAUGUGCAGCUACAGAGAGAAGAAGUCUGAGCCACAGGAGCUGCUACAGCUGGAUGGUUACACUGUGGAUUACACCGACCCCCAGCCAGGUCUGGAUGGUGGGAGGACCUUCUUCAACGCAGUGAAGGAGGGCGACACUGUGAUCUUUGCUAGUGAUGACGAGCAAGACCGCAUCCUGUGGGUCCAGGCCAUGUACCGGGCCACCGGUCAGUCCCACAAGCCCGUGCCCCCCACCCAGGUCCAGAAACUCAACUCCAAGGGGGGCGCCGCCGCCCAGAUGGACGCGCCUAUCUCCCAGUUCUACGCAGACAGAGCUCAGAAACACGGCAUGGAUGAGUUUAUCUCGGCUAACCCCUGCAGCUUUGACCACGCCUCCCUGUUCGAGAUUGUCCAGAGGCUCACGUUGGACCACAGGCUCAAUGACACCUUCUGCUGCCUGGGAUGGUUCAGUCCGGGCCAGGUGUUUGUCCUGGAUGAGUACUGCUCCAGGAAUGGCGUGCGUGGGUGUCAUAGACACCUGGGUUACCUAGGCGACCUGCUGGAGAGGGCAGACAGAGGAGCCAUGAUCGACCCCACCCUGCUGCACUACAGCUUUGCUUUCUGCGCAUCCCAUGUCCACGGAAACAGGCCUGAUGGACUGGGAACAGUGAAGGUGGAUGAGAAGGAGCGCUUUGAAGAAAUCAAAGAGCGGUUGCGGGUGAUCCUGGAACACCAGAUCACUAACUUCAGAUAUUGUUUCCCGUUCGGCCGUCCAGAGGGAGCGCUGAAGGCCACACUGUCUUUGCUGGAAAGGGUGCUGAUGAAGGACAUUGUGACUCCCGUCCCACAAGAGGAAGUGAAGGGAGUCAUCCGUAAAUGUUUGGAGCAGGCUGCUCAGCUCAACUACGCUAAAAUCACAGAAUACGCUCAAAUGGAAGGGAGAAAGAGGGAAAUGUUUGAGCACUCUGUCUUCUGCUUGGCGUCACAAGUGAUGGAUUUAACCAUCCAGAACGUAGGCCGGUUAGUCACGCCCGCCAAAAAACUGGAGGACACUAUUCGCCUGGCCGAGCUAGUCAUAGAGGUCCUCCAGCAGAACCAGGAACAUCAUGCGGAGGCCUUUGCCUGGUGGUCUGACCUGAUGACGGAGCACGCUGAGACCUUCCUGGCCAUGUACGCUGUGGACAUGGACGCUGCCCUGGAGAUUCAGUCUCCUGAGAGCUGGGACAGCUUCCCUCUCUUCCAGCUCCUCAACGACUUCCUCCGCACAGACUAUCACCUGUGCAACGGGAAAUUCCACAAACACCUGCAGGACCUCUAUUCUCCCCUGGUGGUUAGAUAUGUGGACCUGAUGGAGUCCUCCAUCGCUCAGUCUAUCACCAGGGGGUGUGAGGGAGAGUCCUGGGUGCCUGUAAAGAGCUUAACAAGUAAUCUGCCCAAUGUGAAUCUCCAAAUACCAAAUGUCAACCUCCAAAUUCCCAAAGUACCAAAUCUGCCGCCAGUAGCAGGACUAUCAGUUAACCUUCCGACAAUGCCUAGCUUUUCCACCCCGUCAUGGAUGGCUGCUAUCUAUGUCCCUGACAAUGGCUCUGGGACAUCGGAGGACUUGUUUUGGAAGCUGGAGGCGCUGCAGACCUUCAUCAGGGACCUACACUGGCCCGAGGAGGAGUUUUCCAAACACCUGGAGAACCGCAUGAAGCUCAUGUCCAGCGACAUGAUCGAGAACUGCGUCAAACGCACUAAGAUGGCAUUUGAGUCCAAGCUGGCAAAGAGCAGCAGGGGAACAGACUUCCGCAUCUCGGCAGCAAUAUGCACCAUGUUCAAUGUGAUGGUGGACGCGAAGGACCAGUCCGCCAAGCUGUGUGCCAUGGAGAUGGGCCAGGAGAAACAGUACCACGCCCAAAUAGAUGAACUGAUUGAGGAGAGUGUGAAAGACAUGAUCCAACUCAUGGUGGCUAAGUUUGUGGUUAUUCUGGAGGCCCUGUUGGCGAAGAUCUCCCGAUAUGAUGAAGGCACUCUCUUCUCAUCUUUCAUGUCAUUCACGGUGAAAGCUGCGUCUAAGUAUGUGGAUGUCCCUAAGCCUGGGAUGGAUGUUGCCGAUGGUUACGUGACCUGUGUCCGCCACUCUCAGGACAUCCUGCGAGAUAAGGUCAAUGAGGAGGUGUAUAUAGAAAGGUUAUUUGAUCAAUGGUACACAGCCACCAUGAACCUACUGGGGACCUGGCUCACUGAGCGAAUGGACCAGCAGCUCCAUGUUUACCAGCUGAAGAUCCUCAUCAGGAUUGUCAAGAAAAAGUACCGUGACUUCCGUCUGCAGGGGGUGCUAGACUCCACCCUGAACAGUAAGAUGUAUGACACGGUGAGGAACAGACUGACCCUGGAGGAGGCCAACGCGUCCAUGAAGGAGGGAGGCAUGGGGGGAAUCUCCAUGAAGGACAGUGACGAAGAGGACGAAGACGACGACUAG